AUGAAGGUGUUCCGCAGGAAGGCGCUGGUGCUGUGCCUGGGCUAUGUGCUCCUCCUGCUCCUGACGAUGCUCAACUUGCUGGACUAUAAGUGGCACAAGGGGCCUCAGCAGUGCAGCGAGCCCUCGCCCGCCCGCCGCACCCCUUACCCUCAGCAGCUGCCUUAUUACACCUACCAGUCCCGGUCGGACACUCGGGCCCUCUACGGGCCCCCCGUGCCCCUCGCCCGCAAGCGGCAGCUGGUCUACAUCUUCACCACGUGGCGCUCGGGGUCCUCCUUCUUUGGGGAGCUCUUCAACCAGAACCCGGAGGUCUUCUUCCUCUAUGAGCCGGUGUGGCACGUCUGGCAGAAGCUGUACCCGGGCGACGCCGUCUCCCUGCAAGGCGCGGCGCGGGACAUGCUGAGUUCCCUGUACCGAUGUGACCUCUCCGUCUUUCAGCUCUACAGCACGGCCGGGGCGGGGAAGAACCUCACCACGCUGGGCAUUUUCGGGGCGGCCACCAACAAAGUGAUCUGCUCCUCGCCGCUCUGCCCAGCCUACCGCAAGGAAGUGGUGGGCAUGGUGGACGACAAGCUGUGCAAGAAGUGCCCUCCGCAGCAGCUGCACCUCCUCCAGGAAGAGUGCCUCAAGUAUCACACUCUGGUCAUCAAGGGCGUGAGGGUCUUCGAUAUCGGAGUGCUGGCGCCGCUCAUGCAAGACCCUUCCUUGGCUCUCAAAGUCAUCCACUUGGUCCGGGACCCCCGCGCAGUGGCCAGCUCCAGGAUCAAGUCCCGCCACGGGCUGAUCCGUGAGAGCCUGCAGGUGGUGAGGAGCAGGGACCCCCGGAUCCAUCGCAUGCCCUUCCUGGAUGCUGGCCACAAGCUGAACAGCAAGAAGGAAGGGGGAGGUGGCUCCGACUACCACGCCUUAGGGGCCAUGGAGGUGAUCUGUGGGAGCAUGGCCAAGACCUUGCAAACUGCGUUGCGCCCGCCUGACUGGCUGAAGGGUAACUACAUGGCUGUCCGCUAUGAGGACCUGGUAGUGGACCCCAUCAAGACUUUGCGGCAGGUGUACGGGUUUGUCAACCUGGCGGUGAGCCCGGAGAUGGAGAAGUUUGCUCUCAACAUGACCAGUGGGCCUGGAUACUCUUCCAAGCCCUUUGUGGUUUCUGCCAGGAAUGCUAGCCAGGCAGUGAAUGCCUGGAGGACAGCGCUAAGCUUUCUGCAGAUCAAGCAAGUUGAGGAGUAUUGCCACCAGCCCAUGGCCAUUCUAGGCUACGAGAGAGUCAACGGCCCAGAAGAAGUCAAGGACCUCAGCAAAACCUUGCUCAGGAAGCCAAGGUUGUGA